AUGUAAAUAUAGAGUAAGUUUUUUCAUAGUUCAAACUUAGCAUCAGCACAAAGAAGAUAAAAAAGAAAUCUUCAAAUGGCAACUUCUGCAAUUCAACAAUCUGCAUUUUCUGGGCAGACAGCUCUUAAGUCACAAAAUGAGCUCGUUAGGAAAAUUGGUAGCUUUAAUGGUGGACGUGCCACAAUGAGACGUACCGUUAAAAGUGCCCCACAAAGCAUUUGGUAUGGAGAAGACAGGCCAAAGUACUUGGGACCAUUCUCCGAGCAAACUCCAUCUUACUUGACUGGCGAGUUUCCAGGUGAUUAUGGGUGGGACACCGCUGGACUCUCAGCUGACCCUGAAACAUUCGCCAGGAACCGUGAGCUUGAGGUGAUCCAUUGCCGUUGGGCCAUGCUUGGUGCUUUGGGUUGUGUCUUCCCUGAAAUCCUUUCCAAGAAUGGUGUUAAAUUCGGUGAGGCAGUUUGGUUCAAGGCUGGAUCUCAAAUUUUCUCAGAAGGCGGUCUUGACUACCUUGGUAACCCAAACCUUAUUCAUGCACAGAGCAUUCUUGCUAUUUGGGCAUCCCAAGUUGUGCUCAUGGGCUUAAUUGAAGGAUACAGAGUUGGCGGAGGCCCACUGGGUGAAGGUCUUGACAAAAUUUAUCCGGGAGGAGCUUUUGACCCACUAGGGCUCGCUGAUGAUCCCGAGGCAUUCGCUGAGUUGAAGGUGAAGGAAAUCAAGAACGGCCGAUUGGCUAUGUUCUCAAUGUUUGGAUUUUUCGUUCAAGCGAUUGUCACAGGAAAGGGACCAAUUGAAAACCUUUUCGAUCACAUUGCUGACCCUGUAGCCAACAACGCUUGGGCUUUUGCCACUAACUUUGUACCCGGAAAAUGAAAUGAAUAGCCUGUAAUAUGUAAAAUGUGUGGAGCUAGCUGUUUCAUAUUCUUGAUGUAAUAUGAACUUGCUAAUACUAAUGCAAACUGGUCUAGUCAUAUACCUCUCGUUAAGAUAGUCAUUUAAAGAUUUCCAUGGUAGAAGAAGCACUUUUUAGGUACCUUAAUGCUAUAUAAAGUAACGAUAUUUCAAUGA